AGUAUUGUACACAACGAGCGCACACACACGAGAAGAGAGGUGACUUAUUUCAGGAAAAGGCAAAAAAGUGUAGCAAAGGUGUAUAAUUCAGGGAGAGACUAAUCAUGCUAAUUCAGAUCAACGUAAUCACUUGACACCCGUCACUAGUCACUACAACAUCAUCAGUACUAGUGUGACUGCGAGGCCGAGCCCGAGGCACAGGGUUUUUUCAUGUCUCAUUUCAGUUGUGUCCAACCAUCAUGGUGAUGUCAUCAUGCUAAAAAGGAACUUUACCAUGUUCAGGAAACUCUUGUUAUUGGACUAUAGCACGAUACCAAAAGUGCUUCAAAACAACAUACGAAACAUGACUCGGUCAGAGAUUAGAUGCAGUCACAGAUUGAGUCGCUCUGUAAAUGCGGCAUCUGCAAGAUACAGUUCAUCCAGUCGUGGGGUCAACUGGGAUAACUUUGGAAUCUGGGACAGCAGGAUCGAAGAGCCCAUCCUUUUACAGCAAAGCAUCAAACAUGGUAUCCCCAUACCAAAAAUAUCUGUUGGGCGCAUCGGAAAGGAAUCCCUCAUCGGUCGCAGGGCAGAGAACGAGGAUCGGAUAUGCAUCAAGGAACUCCGUCCAAACCUUCUUUAUGUUGGUAUCUUUGAUGGACAUGCUGGAUCCAUGGCAGUGGACUAUGUGCAUCAUAAUCUAGAGUUUCAUCUCAACUUUUGGUUGGAAAGAGAGUAUGAUUUACAGAUUGUCUUGAAGAAAGCCUUUGAGGAUCUGAACAAUAAGCUGACACGCUACCUCUACAUUCAUUACCCAGAACCUGAGCAUGAGCAUACAGGUUCAACGGCUACUGUGUCACUUCUACGGAAUGGAAAUGAGCUUGUCUUGGGCAAUCUGGGUGAUAGUCGUGCCAUUCUCUGUCGUAAUGGGAAGGCGUUAAGAUUGACUAAUGACCAUGAUCCAGAGUACAAUACUAAAGAAAAAGAAAGGAUCAAAGCGUCUGAUGGAUAUAUCACCUGGAACAGUCUUGGGAAGCCCCUUGUUAAUGGUAUAUUGACCAUGACUAGGAGCUUUGGUGACAUCACCCUCAAGAGAUAUGGAGUCAUUGCAACACCAGAAACAAGAUCAUUAGAGGUAAAACAUGGACGAGAUAGCUUCCUAGUCUUCUGCACUGACGGCGUUCACUUUGUAAUGAGUGAUCAAGAGAUGUGCGAUUCCAUCAGUCUAUGUCAUAACGCUCAUGAGGCUGCUAGCUUUAUAUGUGAUCAAGCCCUUCAGUUUGGCAGUGAGGACAAUGCUAGUGUGAUCGUAGUUCCCCUGGGGCAAUGGGGACGUGACAAUGGACCCACCCUUAUACACAGUCUGAGAUGGCAAGGCCGAUCAGGAGCUUGACGUUGGAUAAAAAUCUCUAUCUGCAUCUUUUAAGAUCUUGCAUGUUUAAUCCAGUGCAAGAAGUAUGCAUUUGGCAUAAAUAGCUAUAAUUGCCGUGUACUGCAGGGAUAACUAGCAUCUGGAGAAUUGAAAAGUAUUUCAUCAACAUUUGUAGUCCGAUCUUUUUUUCUUGGUUUUGAUUGGCUGAUGAUCACAGUUCCUAUGGUAACUGUCAGAUAAAAUAUAUAAUGUGGGAUAAAAUGUCCUGAAAGAAAAACUCCCCUGAGGAGAUUUUAUCAAUAACUGUCAGCUGCCAAGUGCUUCAAAGCAUAUGAAAAUCAAAGAGGGUUGUUAUAUAAUAACAAUUUGUAACAUAUCAAUAGUGCUUGAUACAAUGUUUAUAUUAAAGCGUUGCAUACUAUUACCCUGGCUUGCACACGGCUAUCCUGAUCGGACGCUCAAGCAUUCAAGGAUUUCCUUCCCACUGGGUACCCAUAUACUACACCUGGGUAGAGAGUGGCAAAUGUAAAUAAAUGCCUUGCCAAAGGACGCGAGUGUUGUCAUAUGGCAACCCUCCUUGAUUUCGAUUAGCUGUGAAGUACAGGUGUCUGACAGCUCCUAUAAGGAUCUGCCAGAAAAAAAACCUAUGGUCUGAAUCUGUGCUAUAAUUAGGGGAACCUAAACAUUUCACAAAAUUCAUUUACACUGUAUCAGUGUUAUCUUUUCUCAGGCUUUGAUGAUGAAAAUGGAUAGUUUAGAUGUCGUUUUAAAAGAAAUGUAUUUAUAUUUUAACUGACAAAUGUGCUCAUAAUUUUAAUCUAUGCCAUUAGUAGUUUGCAUCUUAUUUAACUAUCCGCAGUAAAGUUCAACUCAAGCACAAUUUGACUAAGCAUUAUCACAAUGCUCCACGGACAUAAUUGUGUAUUUUCACGUUUACAUGUCAGUAAACUAAAACAGUUGAUGAAGACUACACUGUCACUGAGCUAUCCAGUAGGCCACCAUAUUGUCCAUUGGUUAUGUGUGUAACCUGAGCCAUCCCAUGAAAGGCGGCUCUUGAUUGGCUUCUGCCAUAUUGGUUGCUGAUGAGUAUCAAGCUGUACACUGUACAUAGUCUUUUGCCAUCAGACCCUAUAUACUAUCCUUCAGGAGGCCUUGACAAAAUUCAAAAAUUUAAGUACACCUGGGGCCCAUCUUACAAAGAGUUGCAAUUGAUCCAAUCAAUCGCAACUAUGGAAAGCCAGCAAAGUCAACAUAGAAAAUGCAUGUUUAUUUUAUUUUUUAAUCUAGAUAUGAAUGUAUUAUCUAUAAAUUCAAUGAUUUCUUGACAAUUUGGUGUGAUCUCCUUUGUUUACAAAGGACAUUUUGCAAAUUUCCUGUAGAAAAAAUGAUGACACUGAUGAAUUUCUAUAGAGUUACGAGUGAUUGGAUUAAUCAUAACUCUUUGUAAGACGGGGCCCUGAAGUUCAGAACACAGGCUCUUGUAUUUUGUUCAGGGUUCUAAUUCAUUGUUUUCACAUCAUGGCAACAAGAAAUCAUCUGUAGCAGUUGACAAGAAAACUGCAAGUGUUACUCUGUAUGUGGUAUGUAGUGUCAAUGACAUAUUUAACUUUGUUUCUUUCAUAACCUCGUGUAGUUUUAUAAAGCUGUUCGGAAGUUAAACAUGACUUUGCAUACAACUGGGACAUGUUUUUGAAAGCUACGUCACGUGUUAUCAGAUUCUUAAUUAUUAUUUCCAUCAGCAGAAGUUGCAAUCUGAUCUUUGUAGAUUCAGAUGCUUGUUGUUGUUUGAGGUUGAAUUCAGUCCAACUUUGUUGAAAGUCCCGUACUGACCACACAGAAACAUUUUUGGCACUGAACAAAGUCCUAGCAGUAGGCCCAGUCACAUUUUUCAGAUUGUGAUGUCAAGCAUUGAUCCAAGAUGUAAAUAAUGUGUUGUGGCAUUAGGUAUCGCUGUUAAUUAUUAUUUGCUCAUUAUUAGCACAAUUAACGACAUUUUUUGGGCCGGUAAAAGGGAAUUUAGGGUAGCUCAUAAGCACAAGAACAUGUCACCAGUCAUGUGAAUCAAAAGUUGUGCGUAAAUUGUAUGAACAGCUUUAUGGAAACCAUCUUGUGGUGUUAGUCACAAUUAUAUAUUUAAUCUUAAGGCCCUGUCACAUUGUUCUAUGCAAGCCUUGCAUAUAAUGACUUGAGGUAACUAUUUUUGCUAAUGCAGGCCGCUCGCAUUGACGGUUAUCUGGCUGGUAUCUCAUUCAGCUGCCCGCAGGAGCCCUCGCAAGUCUGAUUUGCACGUUGGAAAGUUUUGAACAUGCUCAAAACUUUGUUGUGGGAGAGAUAAUAAUAAUAGCUGGAUUUUUAUAGCACUUUUUGCCUGAGGAUACAAAGCGCUGCUAUUAUUACCCCGGCUUUAGCUCGAGCUACCAUCACCGGCGCUCAGAGCAUGCAAGGAAUAAUCCUGCUGGGUACCCAUUCACCUCACCCUGGGUCAAGUGCAGCACAGUGUGGAUAAAUUUCUUGCUGAAGGAAAACAUGCCUUGGCUAGGUUUCAAACCCAUGACCCUCUGUUCGAAAGGCAAGAGUCAGAACCACUAGACCACGACACACACAGGCAAUCGCCUGCAAAGCUUGCACGGAACGAUGUGACAGGACCUUAAAUCAAGUUUUCAUACGGUGCUGUGGAUAGUACCUUAAUUGGUUUAUAUCAAUCCUUGUGAAUGUUUUGUAAACUGUUUAUGAACUUUUUCAUGACUUCACACAUGACUGGAACGUGUUUUUAAGUGCCAACUCAGCUACAUAGAAAUAUAUCAUUUAGCACAAGAAAGGAUCACCAGUCGUGCAUUGGAGUCAUUUGUAACUUGUGAUCAGGUUUAUGAGACAUUGAUUCACCUCAUAACUAUGAAUCUUGAGACAUCACACAAAACCAUUCUCUCAUAUCAUAUUGCCAUACAUUGCCUAACAUAAAUUUGUAGAUUUAUAAUUUAAUUGAUAUUUUGAUAUGCUGCUUUACGAUUAUGAAGAAGGAGAAGAGGAGUACUUGCAUUUCUACUCGAUAUUAUAGUGUUCUAUUUUGUGAUUGAUUCUACCUAGUUUUUGUCUAACCAUGCAUCUAUUUCUUUUUAUUUAAUGAAUUCAUUUUGUUCACAAAAUGAUAAUUAUUUAAUCUUCAUUCUGUUUUCCAAAGUAUGUGCAAAUUCCUAUUAUGCAAUGUAUUUCAUAUUAAUUCAUUUCAUCUGGUCUUCCUUCUCCCCUUCUCUUUCUAUUCUUACCUUUCUCUCUGUCUUCUCUUACCGUCCUUUCUUAUUUUUCCUUACAUGUUCUGUAUAUUUUUCACCAUGUUGGUUGAAUAUGACAACAAUAUCGAAAGAAAAUGAUAUUCAAUGAAUAUACAUUAUGGAGCAAUGAUAGAUGUACUAUUUACAUAAACUUUUGUGAUGAUGUAAAACAAAUAGGGGUCUUUGUUGCGCUUUUGAACAGAAAGCGAGCUUAGAAUAAAAUGCAAAAUUUACUUCUGUAAUUGUCAUAAUUCUCAGACAUGAUUGUCAUUACUGUAUUCAACUCACCAUUGUCCCAGGGUAUUGAUUUGCCAUUAAAAUACCAACCCUACCAACCCCUAUCCAUCACACCUGUUCAAUAGAUUAGUCAUUUUAAUAACAGCUGAAUAGUAAUUACUUUUGAACAAAAAUGGAUAUUCAUGGAUUUUGGACAAUUAUUUAAGGAGGAUAACAUAUCGCCAUGACGGACUAUGAUAGUUUAUGAAUUUGAGUACCCAAAUAUACAAUGUUUGCAGUCGUAAUGUAUGACAAUGGACGUUCUAAUCUCUUUCGAUUCAUUUUAUUUCAGUAUGUGGUUCAGUAAGAUCUCUGAAGAUCAAUAGUAUUAACAUCUUCUUACCUCAUGUUCUUUAUACAUGUAUUUGUGACAGAUUUAACCUUAAUAUUGUAUACUUUCUGCUUUAGUAGUAAAACACAAUCAGGUAUCAAUAUAUGAUAGUAUUCUUUGAAUGAUGUACAAAACAUUUAUUUCCUGUUGAAUGUAAUUAAAUUAUAAAGCGAUUGAAAAUGAAA